AUGAUCCUCCAUCCGCCUCCAGGAAGAGGUCCGGUGAGUGAGCGUCGUAAGCCUGUGAGCCGGGCAAAGUACCAGCUUCGCAGAGCGCUGCUCUUCCAGAAAAAGAAAAACUGUUUGGCAGCGGGUUCGGCAUGCAUCCCAUCUAACUUGACCUCGUGGGCUGGAGAAGGAAACCAAACAAACACCAGUGAUUGCUCCCUUGGAUCUAACAACUGGACCUUCACCUAUGUCCCAGUUUACGUCAUGGCCAUAUCUGUGCUGGGAAUUGCCUUGAACAUCUUCGUUCUGAUGGUUUUCAUCUUCCACAAGAAGCCUUGCAGCGUACCUGAGAUCUACUUGAGCAACUUGGCAGCUGCUGACCUGCUUCUGGUCUUCUUUUUGCCCUUCUGGGCCGUCAGCGCUUGGAAACGGUUUGAAUGGAUUUUUGGUUCUGCCUUGUGCAAAAUGGUCAACGUGGGCAUUCUGAUGCACUUCUACUGCAGCAUCUACUUCCUGGUUUUGGUCAACAUAGAUCGGUAUUUGGCUCUGGUCCAUCCACUGUCCCAUAAAACAAUACGCCGGCCAAAAUUUGCUAAAAUCAGUUGUCUCCUGGUUUGGAUUCUGGGAUUUGUUCUUAGUGUUCCAAAACUUAUCAACAGGGAAUUGGUACCUCAUGAUAACAUUAUCAAAUGUGCUGAAAAAUAUGACACUAUUUAUGCCACUUCUGAGUACAUUUUGGUGUUUAUGUUAAUUAUUCCCAUUUCCAUUAUCAUCUUCUGCACAGUCAAGAUUUUGCAAACUCUGAGAAGCAGGUUUAUGGAACGAGAAAAGACAAAGGACAAGUAUAAGAGGGCCACCACUUUGGUCCGGGCCGUCCUGCUGGUGUUCCUGAUCUGUUGGCUUCCGUUUCAUCUGCUCCGGAUACUGUCCCGGCUCAGGAGUGCUGGUUUUCUGAUAAGCUGUAGCUCUAUUAUAACCAUCUACUUCUGUGAGCAGAUCUUCCUCUACUUAGCGUUCUUCAACAGUGUUCUCAACCCCGUUCUUUACGUCAUUGCUGGGAAAAACUUCCGGAAGAAAGUUAAGGAGGUCUUCAAUCAUUGGAAUCAUUGGCUUCUGCGUAGUGAAUAA